AUGGGAAGAACAGAUGUACAUAGAUGUAAAUUUACGAAUUGGAGACCAUCAGAGAUAACAGCCAUCUCAAAGAAUGUUGAGAAGGAUAUAGUAGCUGUCGGUCGUGCAGACAAUUCAAUUGAACUUUGGUCUAUUCAAGCUAAUUUUCAUUUAUUAACUAGAUUAGGAGGAAUUAAAUUUCAAGGUAAAAUAAUAGGUUUGGAAUGGUAUAUAUUUGAAGGUAAACAUAGAUUGAUAUCAGUUACAUCUACACAUAUUAGUCAAUGGGAUUUGGAAUCGAUGCAACAAAUUCAACAUUUGGGAUCAGUUGGUGGAGACAUUACAGCCUAUACAUUCAACAAGCAAACCAAUACUCUUGCUACUGGUGCUGGUUCGUUGACUGUCUAUUUAUACGCAAUCGAUCAACACAAGAAUGGUCAAGUCAGCUAUCUCCGUGCACUCCCCAAGAUAAUGGGUAAUGGAUCGAUCCAAUGCAUGCAAUGGUCAGACUCUGUCACUUUGGUGAUUGCCACCGACUUGUUACUCGUCACAUACGACGUUGAAAAGGCACAGAGAAAGAUGGAAGUUGAUUGUUCUUCAACCACUGCCAUGUGUGUCAUUGACCAAGACACUGUCGCUUUGGGUCAUAGUACCGGUAUCGUCUCGUUUCACGAAUUAAAGUAUGGUACCACAAUCCAAGAAGUCAAACAUCACAUUGCCUCUAUUCGUACCAUCGUUCCAUCCAAUUUCAAUCAAUUCAACCUACUUUUCAUUUCUGGUGAUGAUCCAACUAUUAUUUGUUUAUCAAAUAAUUCAAAUGAUAAAUGGUCAUUAAAUGGAUUACAUAGACCACAUUCACAUGAUGUUAGAUGUAUAGAGGUAUUUGAUGAUUUUAUCAUUUCGGGAGGUGUUACGACCAUUUUAUCAUUGAUGGAUAUAUCGACGUUUACAAGUGUGUUGGCGACUAAAAAGGGAUCCUACUAUUCAUACCCAUUGAAUAAUAUUGCCAUGACUGACAAGAUUGAAGGUGACGGUAAUUUAAUUGUAGAGGCUUCGAGAAAUGAGAUUUCUAUUUGGCGUCUUGGCAAUCAUUCAACCGACGAGACGGUUGCCGAACAACUACCAAGUGGGUCUCAUUUGGUGGUAGAUCAACGUGCCAAACGUUUGGUACAAUUUAAUAUCAAGGAUCUAGAUUAUAUCCGUUCCGUAGAUAUUAGUUAUAAUGGAAAAUAUUUUGCCUAUUCCACUGCAACCUCUGUCAAUAUUUAUACACUUGCCGAGGAAAAGGAUGAGGAAAGUGGUGAGGAAAAGAUUAUCAUUCAUAAAUUAAAAUCAUUUAAAAAGGGUAGUGAUUCUAUCAAGUUUACACGUGGUACCAAACAACCAUUACUAGUUAUCACAUCGAUUAAAUCCAAAUUGUUGGUUUAUGACUUGGUCGAAGAUGAAAUUACAAAGAAAAUUAAAUCUUUUUCAUCUCUAUCUCGUAACCUUAAAAUCCUUCAAAAUAACAAACAAGAACAAAAAGAAAAAGAAAAAGAAAAUGAAAAGGAAAAUGAAAAGGAUUCAACUUCAUCAAAUUCAACAUCCUCAUCUUCAUCUUCAUCUACUUCUUUGGCAAAGAUAACAAAAUCAAUUCUUCAUUUAGCAAUUGAUUCAACAGGUAAUUAUGCAGCAACAGUAGAUUCAAAGAGUAAUAUUAGCUUUUUCAAUCUUGCCAAGGGUACUUGCACUAUUACCAUUCCCAAUCAUCUACAUGUCGGUGCUAUUGCCUUCCAUCCAACCGAACCACUUCUCUAUAUCGCCAAUAGUGAAGAGAUUGUAGUGUUUAACGCACGUCUUUUAAAGACCGUCCACAUGACACCAGCACCAAAGGAAGGUGCUGUCAUUGCAAUCACCAACAAUCCAUCCGAUGCCAGUCGUAUGAUCCUCUGGGGCCACAACACCAUCUUUGUAUCGGACUGGAGCAAACCCCGUGAAUACGAAGUUAAAACCAUUUUCCCCGAACUCAUCACUGCCUGCUCUAGUCUGUUGUUCAACCAACUCGUCACUAUCGAGUUGCCCUACACUGAACAAAUCCUUCCAACUCUACCAGGUGCCAUCAAAUUAAAUUAUCGUAUCUAUGCAGUUGUUAACAGAGAAGAAGAAGAAGAAGAAGAAGAUUCAAAGGUUAGUGAUGUAAUGAAUCAUCGAUUGGCAUGGACGAGAAUCAAAGAUAUAUUGAUGAGAUCGAGAAAUGAAAAGACACAUUACUUUGCACUAUCGAUAUUGGAACAGGGUGUAGGUGCAUCUUCACCGAUCAUUUGUCAAAUGAUAUUAUCGGUACACUUUGACAUCGAUGAGUUGGUCGACCCUUCUCUACUCGUACAGUCAUUCCCACUCUCAACUCGGCCCACUGUGUUUGGACAGUCACGUAUGGCAAGUGUCCUCGCAUUGAUCGAGUUUGUCAAUAGGUCAAACAUCUCCUUAUUAAUUCAAUUGGUCAAAUCAUUUACACCUAUCCUAUACCAACAACAACAACAACAACAACAACAACAACAACAACAAAAAAUCCCUGCCAUAGUUUGGAUCAAUCAAUCACCAGCAAAUGGUACUGGAUCAAAUCUAUUGGAAAUGUCCAUUCAAACACUAUUGGUCAUUUGUAAGAGAAAAGGUCAAAACUUGUUAACAGAACAUAAUGAAUUUUAUGAAAUCAUAAAUCAAACCAUUUAUUCAAAUAAUUUAAAAUUAUCACUUUUUCGGAUAAAAGGGAUACUGGCCAACAGUAUUAUCAACAACAACAUUACUCCACCACACCAAAUGCCAUCUUUAUCGAUGAUCCAAAGUUGA